CUGUGUGUGAAUGAACAAAUACUUUCUCAGACACCAGGUCUGAUUCAGGAGUGAUUUAUGAGUAGCAAGGAGGUCUGUGUGAUAGCAACAUGUUAUCCAAAAUGCAAAAAUGGUGGGGAGUGCCUCAGACCUGGCAAAUGCAGAUGUCCACCUGGCUAUGGGGGUAGAUACUGUCAUAAAGUAAGCUGUGAAGGAGGCUGUCAAAAUGGCGGGGAAUGCAUCUCUGUCAAUAGAGUUGUGAAGUGCCUUUGUGCUUCUGGCUGGACAGGGUCAAGAUGCCAAGAAGCAAUUUGUCCUCAAGGUUGUCGGAAUAAUGGAGCUUGUGUGGCUCCUGGAAUUUGCAGCUGUCCAGCUGGAUGGGUCGGUGGAGCAUGUCACUUAGCUGUAUGUAAACUACCUUGUCAACAUGGAGGAAAAUGCAUAGCUCCAAAUGUGUGCAGAUGUCGACUGCCGUACUCUGGUCUACAGUGUACAAAGAAAAGGAAGGAAUGAACCACCUUUGACAAAGAUAAGCUGCAGUUUCUUCAUGUAACACUUCACACAGAGGUGAAGUCUGCAGCAGUGGGGGACCUUAAAACAAACAUGGUAACUAAUUGAUUUCAGAUAGCUUUUUGUCUUCAUUAUAUUAAAUAAUUGCUUUUCUGUAUGAAAGAAAAGUAUUGCUGACUAUUGUAACAAAGCUGUUAAAAGUAUCUAAGUGUGUGUAGUGUAUGGCACACGUUUUCUUCUAGUCUCAUUUUUCUUCGUACACAGAAUUAUUAUGUCUUGGUUGAUACACCUGAUCUUGAAAUAAAAUUUACUCUUCAAAUAAAGUACUUCAGAAUAGA